GAAAAGCUGUGGAGCCGCCGUGGACAAGAGAAGGAGCAUUGAGCUUGAAGGUGAGGUGCUGGGCAUCUUCCUCAGAAUCAGAAUUCAGAUUCUGCAUUCUGCAUUCUGAUUCUAUAAUCCCACUUUGUGUUUGGAAGAUGUCUGAAAGAUCCCAGAGUCCGGAGUGCCAAGUCCGGCCAUUUGACUUCAGCCGCACCAACCCUGGCACCCAAUUUGUGGGCCAUGAGAGCAGCGCUGCGUCCUUCCAGCUUCCUCCUCACCACCACCACCACCACGGCGGCGUCCUGCCAGACCCGGGCCUCUUCUACAACAAAGCCGCCGCUUAUGGUGGCAUCCCACCGGCAGCCGCGCAGACCUUUUUCGCUUUCCCAUCCGUCUCCAGCGACUACAGAGGAUCCGACUUGCAGGCUGGAGAGUUUGCGCAACCCAAACACUGGUAUCCCUUUGCAGCGCCCGAGUACACCGGCCAGGUACCCGGUGUGACGGCAGCUGCACAGCCUCUAAACCUGAGUCCCCCCAUAGCAGAGACCCGGGGGGAAAUCAAACUACCCGAGAUAAAGACUGAGAAGGACACCGGUGAAGACUACUCGACGGAGAUAAAGGUGCAACAGUACCCAGCUGCCUCCAUGUCCCACGGGGUCUUCUACUCUCCGGCCUGGAACCCGUCUUUCUGGCCGGGGAUCACCCACAUGACACCGCCCGGCAGCAGCAAUCAAAACCCCUCAACAUCCUCUGCAUCCUCGCCAUCGAUGUCCCCUUCGCCGCCGAGCAACGGGCUUCCAGGGAACGCGUUUUUCAGCGUGAACCCGACCCAGUCUGCUGCGGGCCUCCGACGCAGAACCCGGCCUCCUCCACGCGGAGCAGCGGCUCCUCCAGCGGCGGCUGCAGCGACUCUGAGGAGGAGAAUCUUUCCACAGAAGAUGGAGCAGUUUGCCAAGGAGCUGAAACACAAACGCAUCACCUUGGGUUUUACUCAAGCUGAUGUUGGCCUUGCCCUGGGUAACCUUUAUGGUAAGAUGUUCAGCCAGACAACCAUUUGCCGCUUCGAGGCCCUGCAGCUGAGCUUCAAGAAUAUGUGCAAGCUGAAGCCCCUUCUUCAGAGAUGGCUGAAUGAGGCCGAGACCUCGGACAAUCCCCAGGAUAUGUACAAGAUCGAGCGAGUAUUUGUUGACACCAGAAAGAGGAAGAGGAGGACCAGUCUGGAGGGAGCCGUGCGCUCCGCUCUGGAGUCUUACUUCAUCAAGUGUCCCAAGCCCAACACCCUGGAGAUCACACACAUCUCAGAUGACCUGGGUCUGGAGAGAGAUGUCGUACGCGUUUGGUUCUGCAACCGGAGACAGAAAGGAAAGCGCCUGGCCUUGCCGCUAGACGAGGAGUGCGACGGCCAGUACUACGAGCAGCAGAGUCCGUCCCCACUGAACAUGGCCCCCUCCCCCAUGCCCGGUCAGGGCUACCCUGGUUCCGUCUACCACGGCGGCCCUCCUCCCACACUAUACAUGCCCCCGAUGCAUCGACCCGACGUCCUGAAACAAGCCCUACACCCCGGACUGAUUAGCCACCUGACUGGAUAAGCAUGCUCAGGUAGGCCAGAACCACAGAUUGCCUUCCCACAAGCCCCUCUGUCCCAACCUCAACUCAAGAUGGAAGAUGAGCCUCUAAAUCCGGUAACCAGAUCGAUCAUAUCGGCGGAUUGCGGGAUAGAAACAUUCCAAGUGUCCUCUGACCACAGCAGUGAGAUGGAUAAAAGUGGUUUCUUGUUCCUGCUUUGAUGGCGAAACUUAAUGACCUUCCUCUAACUGUGACCUGCAACUGCUUUGAAAUUUAAACUGAAUGUGCCUUUCUGUUUUGUGUUCUUCGAUUAUGCAUAGUAAGUUAUUCCAUAGGCUUUAAUCAUGUGAGGUUUGGUGCUACAGUACGUGGUCCACUUGUGGAGUGAGGAUGGUUAAAGAGCCAGCUUUCACUUAGGCUAAAUCCUGGGCAGGUUUUCUGUGGUGCAGAUGAUGAGAGAUCCGGGUGAGGGGAAUUUAAACCAAAUUUAUCCUCAACAGUUUGGUCAAUGUCUGUGCAAUACUUCCGUUUCCCAUAUGAAUAGAGCAGCAACAGUAUUUGUCUGAACUGCCUCAAGUGGAAAAAAAUGCAACUCUUCACAAAUUUUUCCAUUGUUUUUGCACAAAGUUGCUUUUUUAAUGUUGAAUAUUAUAUCUCUUUUUAAGAAAAAAAAAAUGUCCUGUUUGUAUACCAGAUUUUGGCCUUAUGGUUGUUGAUUAUCAUCGACGUCUUUAGCCAAUAUUUUAGCGUCAAUGGGGGGGAUGGUGAGAUUCUAAGUAUUAUUGAGGGAUUAAUGAUUUGUUACCCACAAGUGUCUUUGCUGUAAAUCUGCCAAUUGCACACUGUCAACUUUAUCUCAAUGUCUCGGGUGAAUGGCAGUGAGAUGACUUGGAUUAUGUUGUCAAAUUGUAUUUCAAAUACCUCUUUUGUUUUUAUUUUAAAGGGUUUUUACACUUAUGAAAUGUUGAAUAACACUCAAUACUAAAAAAAUCUAAUUUGGGUGCCUAUUGGAGUAUUUGUCUGGUCUUGUACAAAAAGUUAUGUUUUACUCGGAUGUAAUUUUUUUUUUUCUGUGCAUUAAUGUAGUCGCUCUUCUUGACUAUACCUCACAUGACUUAGAAGUUCCUUCAGAUGAUGAAUUUAUUAGCAAGACCAAACCUUUAAGAGUUGUCAGAAGAAAACAUUGAAACAAUCCUUUUAAAUCAGCAUUAAUGGUAACAUAGUAUUGCCUCAUGAAUAAUUUUACAGACGUAUAAUACCAAUGUGCAAUCAUAACUGUUGGACUGUAACCAGUAGUUUUUACUGUGACAUUUUCUCAACAGAUUGUAAAUGCAUUAAAUUAUAAUUUAUUGAAAUGUUAGCUACAGAGUUUUCAAUCAAAACACCUUUAGCCUUAAAUGCAUCUAAUCUUUAUGUUGAAAAUGUCAAUGUGUUGAAAGAUAUGUGUAAACUGCUGAAAUAUUGUUUCUUUUAUAUAUAUAUAUAUACUCCAGUAAAAUUU